UGCAGGAGCUGGGGCUAGAGAGAAAGAAAAAGAGAAAAGCAUGCUAUCCAUUUUUGGCUAGCGCAGAGCGCAGGGAAAGAGAGGCGGUCUGAACCCCCCCACCCAGUUCCUGAGCCCCCCCUCUCUCUCCUUGGUGGGGUGCAGGUGGUCAUUCUUCCAGUGCCAACCCACGCGCACCCCCACCCGGAUUUUGAAAACCUCUCUAAUUUCAGACCCUUUUUAACCAAGGAUAAAGGAGAAUUGAUUAUUUUUUCGCUCUUCUCCAAAAUCCCCCGGUGGUGGUGGGCGGAAUCUAAAACUGGAAGGAGACCCCCCCUUUUUAAAAAAGCAUGCAUCCCCUUCGCCACUAAUCCCAGCAAGAGGCGGCGAUGGGAAUGUCCUUUUGCAUCCCGGAGCGGCAAAAAGGGGCGAGAUAAGAUUUUUAUAUUUUUUUGGAGAGGGUUGGCUCCCUAGAUGCGCGCGCGCCCCCGCCCCGUUUCCAGCUGCAAAUCGGGGGGUGCCUCGCAGAUGCGCCGGGCAGCGAUGAGCAGGACCUAGGCUGAGACCCCGACCCACCAGAUUCCUCUGAAACCCACCGCUGACACCAUGAUCUCGGCAAAGGACAAGGCCAAGGCUCCGAAAGACAGCAUGACUCUUCUUCCCUGCUUCUACUUUGUCGAGCUGCCCAUUGUGGCUUCUUCGAUUGUGACGCUCUACUUCUUGGAGCUGACGGACCUCUUCAAGCCCGCCAAGGUGGGUUUCCAGUGUUACGACCGGGCCCUUUCCAUGCCCUACGUGGAGACCAAUGAAGAGAUGAUCCCAUUGCUAAUGCUGCUCAGCUUGGCUUUCGCGGCCCCCGCGGCCUCCAUCAUGGUGGGCGAAGGCAUCAUCUACUGCCUGCAGUCCAACGUCAAGGGCCGCGCCAGCUCCGAGGGCAGCAUCAACGCCGGUGGCUGCAAUUUCAACUCCUUCCUCCGCAGGACGGUCCGGUUCGUGGGUGUCCACGUUUUCGGUCUCUGCGCCACGGCCCUCGUGACGGACGUGAUCCAGCUGGCCACGGGGUACCACGCCCCGUUCUUCCUGACUGUCUGCAAGCCCAACUAUACCCUUCUGGGCAUCUCCUGCGACGCCAAUCCUUACAUCACGCAGGACAUAUGUUCGGGGCAAGACCAGCAUGCCAUCCUUUCGGCCAGGAAAACCUUCCCCUCCCAGCACGCCACGCUCUCCGCUUUCGCCGCCGUCUACGUGUCGAUGUACUUCAACUCCAUCAUCUCCGACAGCACCAAGCUCCUCAAACCCAUCCUGGUCUUCGCCUUUGCCAUCGCAGCCGGGAUCUGCGGCCUGACGCAGAUCACACAGUACCGAAGCCACCCCAUCGACGUCUACGUGGGUUUCCUGAUCGGGUCCGGCAUCGCAGCCUAUCUGGCCUACCACGCCGUGGGCAACUUCCGCGCUCCGGCCGAGAAGGCCCCGUCCAACCCCCCCGCCAAGGACGCUUUGAGGGCCCUGACCCAGCGGGGCCACGACUCGGUCUACCACCAGAACAAGUCGGUCAGCACCGACGAGCUGAACCCGCAGACACGGCUGGAGGGCAUCAACCGUCAGGUCCAGCGCGAGAAGAACUCCCUGGGCAGCCUGAAGCGGGCCAGCGUUGACGUGGACCUUCUGGCCCCCCGCAGCCCCAUGGGCAAGGAGAACAUGGUCACCUUCAGCAACACACUGCCGAGGGUCAACACACCCUCGAUGGAUGACCCCGCCCGGCGCCACAUGACCAUCCAUGUCCCCGUGGAUGCCUCACGUUCCAAGCAGCUGAUCACCGAAUGGAAGCAAAAGUCCGUCGAAGGCCGGGGGAUGACCUUGGCUGAGGAAGUGGCCCGGCGGGUCGGCUCCGAUUGCUUGGUCGGAGAGGACGACGAACAUAUCCCGCCGUCGCUGUACCCCACCGUCCAGGCCCGAACAGCCGAGCGUGCCGCCAUGGGUCCCCGGGUCCUCAUCCAGCCAAGACCCGGAGCGACCCAGCUGGUCCACAUCCCCGAGGAAAGCCAGGCGAACGCAGGGGCCAACAUUUCGCCCAAGAGCAGCUCGGCCGUGCGGGCAAAAUGGAUGAUGAUGGCCGAGAAAGGGUCGGCGUCACAGAGAGUGGCCAACCCGCCGCGCCUCAUGCAGGUCAUCGCCAUGUCCAAGCAGCCAGGGAUGGUUUCGGUGACACCCAAACACUCGGAGACAUCUUCGUCGUCCACCAGCUCCGAUUCCUCGCAGUACCGGUCGCCGUCGGAACGGGACAGCUCCAGCGUCGUCACCAUUGACGCGCACGCCCCGCACCAUCCGGUCGUGCACCUGUCGUCCGGGAACGGGCCGUGGGAAUGGAAAGCCACCCAGAAAGUGCCGGACGGGACGGACACUUACGAGCUGAAUGACAUGGCCAAGGAUUUCCGCGGCUUCCGGCCGGCCAAGAGCGCCGGCGUCUCCCCGGGGUCGUCGGUCAGCGACAUCGAGCAGGACGAGCCGCGGUACGGCAGUGUGGCCACCAUCAACGUGGCAGCGGGAAUGGGGGGCGGAGAGACCAGCCCGGCGGAAAACAUGCUCGGGGGGCCCAGCCGUGAGUCGACGCUGCGCCGCAAGCCGACAAGCCUGACGGUCGGCGAGAAGGACGGCCAGGCGGAGGAGACAGAAAACUUCUACAAGAAGAUGCAGGCCAACCGGCGGUUCAAAGACUAGGUGCCGAAAUGGGAUGGGAACAAUUCCUCCCCACGUUUCCGAAAAUAAAAUUGAUUUCGGUCGCCGUCUCCGUGGCAAAGAUCUCCGUUUACCGAGCGUUGAACAGCGGGGAUCCGGUGUCUACUUUGGGGAAGCUCUGUGGACCAAAUUUUGGGGAUUUCCUGCUGUUCUUUAGACAAGGAAUCGCCCUCCCCUCUUCUGGAUUAUCGCGGGGACAUUGAGGGACCACUGAAGGGAUUUUUAAAAAAAUACCUGGCAAAUUACCGGUGCUGUUGAUUUUCAGGACAAGUGUAAUUUAUUCGUAACUACUGAUUGUAAAGCCGGCCAGAGCGGGGAGCCUGGAGUUGGGGGGUUUAAACAUUACGGAAGGGACGCAGAACUGUACCCCUUGGUACGAUCUCCCAUC